AGAACGAUUAUUGUUAUCAACUACUCAUAACGCGAAAGAUACGGUCGUAUCUUAAACGGUAUAUCAGCUUAAUUUAACUCCAAACAUUUGCAAUCCCUUUGUAAAAACAGCGGAUUUACUCUUGAAUUUAAAACUCGUUUUUUUAAAGAUGGCUGAGAAAAGACUUCAAGAGUUUUACGACGAGAUCAGUGAGGAUCUGACUAGAUGUGUGCAGUUCUGGUUGACACAUUCACACGACAAUAAAUACGGAGGCUUUUUCAAUUGCCUUGACGAAAACGGAACCGUUUAUGACGACACAAAACACAUUUGGCUUCAGGCCCGACAGGUGUGGAUGUACGCCAAGUUGUAUAACGAAGAGGAAAAGUUUACUACUCAAGCUGUGCUGCAAGCCGCAGAAAAAGGAGCGGAGUUUCUUAUGAAGUUCGCAAAAGACGCGUCAACGGGCAGGUGUUAUCUUAUUCUUACACGAGAUGGAAGACCAAUCAAAAUGCAGCGUACGAUAUUCUCGGAAUGCUUCUACACCAUGGCUAUGUCUGAAAUGGCCAAGGCAACAAAACAAGCAUUGUACAAGACCGAGGCAGUCCAAAUGAUGGACAGACUCAUUCACUGGGUACGCGAGGACGACACGGAUAUCCGACUAGGGCGUCCGCCGCUGGCUGGUGAGGCGAGGUCGGAGUCUCUUGCGGUACCCAUGAUGCUGCAGUGUGUGACACACGAGCUUCUUACCCUGGACCCGUCCCUCGGUGCCAGGUACCGCGACAUACAGGAAUGGAGCGUGCAGAAGGCACUAUCGCAUGUUCAGCGCGAUGGGACUGUGGUCCUAGAAAACGUGAGCACUUCAGGAACGGAACUUCCGGGAUCACUGGGUCGUCUCAUGAUACCAGGUCAUGCAAUAGAGGCUGGUUGGUUCCUUUUGAGGUACGCAAAACAAAACGGUCAGGACGAGCUUGCCCAAAAGGCAAUCGACCAAUUUAUGAAUGGCCCUUUUGCCAGAGGUUGGGACGAUGAAUGCGGGGGACUUUACUACUUUCUAGAUGCCGAUAGAUACAGUCCAGUGCAGCUAGAAUGGAACAUGAAGAUGUGGUGGGUACACACGGAGACAAUGGUCGCUUUCCUGAUGGCUUAUCAACACACGCGUGACGGGGACCACCUCGAUACGUUUGCCCGUGUUUAUGACUACUGCUACUCAAAGCACGUUGACAAGAAGCGAGGAGAAUGGUUCGGAUAUCUGAACAGGGACGGGUCUGUGUCAAUGAGGUUUAAAGGUGGACCAUGGAAAGGUAUUGGCCUUCAAAAGUUGUUUCCACGUACCCAGAUCACUCCUUUAUUGCAAGCAGAUGCUGUCUGAACUACUCAAACGACCAACCUUAACCUAAAUUAUGACAACAAUGUUAUAAAAAUAGUUACUCUUUACUUAAAAAUAGUAUUUCGUUAUCCUUAGAAAUUUUCAACAAAAACGUGUCAUCUUUGUUCCAAUGGCUUUUAACAUAUUUGUGUCUCUUACUUUGCAUCGUUUUCUAUGAACAUAUUGUAAUAUAAUGUCAUGAAGAUCAUAUUUAGUUUAGUUACACUAAUGUACAGUCAACAAUCCAAUAGUUAACCUUCCCUUUUAAGUCAUUAUCUCUGGGCUAAGUGUGUGUAUCGUCUUGCAUGGUAUAGCCAAUUGCCUCAAGUUCAAGUCUAGCCGACAAGAAUUUAUCUCCUUAGUUUCCUUAUUUCUAUAAAUUUAUAAGGUAUAUAAUCUACUCUGUUAUGUGUUUUAUUUAUUCAUAAAGAACCAAUAUGAGUAUUUUAAAUUUUCCCUUUGGAAACAAUAGGAUGUGCAUAUAUGUGUAAAGGAUAUACAUAAUAAUAGAAUUAUUUGUAUAAACCUUACACAAAUGAAUUUUAUUUUUUUAUUAACAGUGUUUGUGAUCUACUGAGAAUUCAUGGAUUAUUUGAAUAUUACACUAUUUUAUACAAAAUAUAAAGAAUUAUUUUCAAUUUAUCUAAAAUAAAAUAUAUCGAAUUAGCUAAAGAAAUGUGUUAGUCAAAACCAUUUUAUUUAUAACAAACUGUGCUUAUAAGAAUAUCAAUUCCAGAAAGAGGGUUUGAACCACAAUAUUUCGGCAUUAAAGUCGCCCGAGUUGAUGUUGGUAUAUUUUCCCAUUUGUUUAAUGUGUCGCAAACAAGUGAUUAUGCGUCAAAUGUGUUUGUAUUUAUUUCAGAUGUGCAUAAAAGUUGGUCAAAAUCGGUCAAUAAAUGCUUAAAUUCAUUACAAAGAUAGGCCUUUUCAAUUUCUGUGCAUGCACAGAAAUAAUCUAAAUUCAAACAGGCGCGGGUUACAUGUAAAACCACGUGACCAUUGCAUCAUUGUUUACAACGCCAUUUGCAUGAACGAUGAAUAAUCAUGUCAUUACCCGUUUACAAUCCGACAAGCAAACAGACAUGACAUGGCAGCGUAAUGUUUUUUGCAGCGUGAUUUUUUGUCAAUAUUUAUGCAUAUUACUCGACGAAUUUCAAUAAACUUUCAUUAAGCUUG